AUGUUGAAGCACGUCUGGAGGUUACUAACUGAUCAUUCUUCUAUUUGGUCUUCUUGGGUACGCCAGAUCCUUCUCAGAGGUCGCUCAUUUUGGCAUAUCAGAGUUCCUUCAGGGGUUUCUUGGGCUUGGAGGAAGAUUCUUAUGAGUAGAGAUUGGUGUAGGGGUCUCUUUGUUAGCUGCAUUGGUAAUGGUCGGGACACUUCCCUCUGGCUUGAUUAUUGGCUGCCACAAGGCCGGUUAUGUGAUCUUUUCUCUUUUCGAGUCUUGUCAGCCACAGGUCUUACUUGGGAUGCUAAGGUUUCUGAUAUCAUUCGUGAUGGCUUGUGGGCAUUUCCUUAUAGUUGUUCAGAGCUGCAGCAGGUUUGGGAUUCUAUCCGUUUCUUCCCACGCAUUCCGUUUUCUGACCAUGUUGUCUGGAGAGGUCACCCAUCUGGCAGGUUUUCUAUUGAUUCUGCUUGGGACUUCAUACGGCCUCGUCGAGAUGUUAAUUCUACCCAUCAUUUACUUUGGUUUUCGGGCCACAUUCCACGACACUCUUUUAUUUUAUGGCUUGCCACCCUUGGCCGUCUUCGUACCAUGGAUCGCCUCCAGCAUUUUGGGAUAGUACACUCUACAGCUUGUGUCUUGUGUGGGUCAGCUAUUGAGACUCAUGAUCACCUUUUCUUCAGCUGUCAUUUCUCCACUUACGUUUGGAGGGAAAUCAAAGCUAGGACGCUUCAGACUUGGCCAAGCUUCUCAUGGGCUUCCCUUGUUCAUUGGGCUUCCUUACAUCUUAGACAGAGGAAGCAUUUUGGGCAUCUUAUUUCACGGUUAUCUUUGUCAGCUACGGUUUAUUUCCUUUGGUAUGAGAGGAAUAAUCGGGUGUUCCAUCAGGCCAGUAGGCAUCGCAGAGAGGUUGUUCGGGACAUUUGCGAUGUUGUUCGUGCCAGGAUCAUCCCUAUGGGUGACAGCUAUGACAUCUCGCCACAGUUACGGGCUAUCUGGCAUUUACCGAGCUAG